UUCCGGAAGCCGGUACCGCCCUCUCCGUCAGUCGGAGUCCCGCGGCAGGGGAGUGGAGGUCGCGCCGUGAGCUGUCGCCGGUCCCAGGCCUUGGGAGAAGACAAUGGCCUUGCUUUGCUACAACCGGGGCUGCGGCCAGCGCUUCGACCCCGAGGCCAACGCGGAAGAUGCUUGCACAUACCACCCAGGUGUUCCAGUCUUUCAUGAUGCACUGAAGGGUUGGUCUUGCUGUAAGAGAAGAACAACUGAUUUUUCUGAUUUCUUAAGCAUUGUAGGCUGUACUAAAGGUAGACAUAAUAGUGAGAAACCACCUGAACCAGUCAAGCCUGAAGUAAAGACUACUGAGAAGAAAGAACUAUCUGAAUUGAAACCCAGGUUUCAGGAACACAUCAUUCAAGCCCCCAAGCCAGUAGAAGCAAUAAAAAGACCCAGCCCAGAUGAACCAAUGACAAACUUGGAAUUAAAAAUUUCUGCCUCCCUAAAACAAGCACUCGAUAAACUUAAACUGUCAUCGGGAAGUGAAGAAGAAAAGAAAGAAGAAGAUGGUGAUGAAAUUAAAGUUGGGACUUCAUGUAAAAAUGGAGGGUGUUCAAAGACAUAUCAGGGUCUGCAAAGUCUAGAAGAAGUCUGUGUAUAUCAUUCUGGAGUACCUAUAUUCCAUGAGGGGAUGAAAUAUUGGAGCUGUUGUAGGAGGAAAACAUCUGAUUUUAACACAUUUUUGGCUCAAGAAGGUUGUACAACAGGAAAACAUAUGUGGACAAAAAAGGAUGCUGGGAAAAAAGUUGUUCCAUGUAGGCAUGACUGGCAUCAGACUGGAGGUGAAGUCACAAUUUCAGUCUAUGCCAAAAAUUCUCUUCCAGAACUUAGUCGAGUAGAAGCAAAUAGUACAUUGUUAAAUGUACACAUUGUGUUUGAAGGAGAGAAGGAAUUUCAUCAAAACGUGAAAUUAUGGGGUGUGAUUGAUGUGAAGCGAAGUUAUGUAACUAUGACUGCAACUAAGAUUGAGAUCACCAUGAGAAAAGCUGAGCCCAUGCAAUGGGCAAGUCUUGAACUACCUACCACCAAAAAGCAGGAAAAACAAAAAGAGAUCGCUGAUUGAAUGGGAAGAAAAAAAAGCUGUGGCAGUUUCAUAAUACUGAGUAGUAUGUGAUGAAGGGAUGGCUUCUUUUUGUUGUUUUUAAAUCUGGCAUUUCAGGGUCAACGUGUGAGGUUCUCAAAGCCAAAGUCAUUUUCUCUUUCUGUGCCUCUCAUCUUCCUUUUAAGUUCUAUAAUGUUGAUUAUUUAUUUCUCCUCACUGGUUUUGACCCCCAUCCUUGAAGAAGAUGGAGAAUUGCUCAAUAACAUCAUUGCAGUAUUUCUUAGUAUUUCUGUUAUGUUAAAUAGUGAAAUAAAAGGCACCUUUGUCUUUUCCA